UUGGCUGAGAGCUACAGAAGGAAGCUGUCACUGAUGCUAGUGCUGACUGCUACCCUUUCUGAUUUCUUCCCCAGACAUCUGGGAACAUGGUUGAAUACUUCACGGACCUGGUCUACAGGCCUUCCCCUGGCACAGGCAGACGCUACGCCACCUCAUUCACUGAGAGGAUCAACUGCACUGACUACAAGACAGGGCAUUUGGCUCCUAUGUAUGUAUCUUCAGUGACUGGCCACCUGUCUGCCUCUGGAGUGCUAACAUUCACGGUGACCCUCAUGAAUGUGGACUUCAGUGCCCCAUCAGACUCAAAGGUCAUCUUCCUAGGCUCUCAGAUCCAUAUGGAGUUCUCGGUAAAGAGUUCCUUCCACCAGCCUCUGCAGAUCUUUGUGGAUGAGUGCACUGCCACCCCAACCCCAGAACUUAGCAAGUCUCUCAGGAACUAUAGCAUCAUUGCAAACCAUGGGUGUCUUGUGGAUGGUAAGGUGGCAAACUCCCAGUUCCUGCCCAGACGAACCCCUGAAGCUAUCCAGCUCUCCCUGCAGGCCUUUGAAUUUGUAGGUGUGGACUCUGAUAUCUAUCUCCACUGCCAGGUGCUGGUCUGGGACCCCAAAGUGCUCAUGGAUCCCACAAGGAAGGCCUGUUCAUUUCACAGGGACACCAACAGGUGGGAACUCCUGGACAAUCCCUCUCUGAGCUCUAGCUGUAGCUGCUGUGACUCCCUAUGCCAAGCCACAGCCUCUCGCCACAAGAGGGACCUGGAAGAGUCUGGGGCAGGACUUGUCCAUGCUAUUGUUGUUGGGCCCCUGAGGGUGCAGAAACCAGCUGCAAAGACUGGCAGCUAUGAGUGGGACUCAAACAGCUCUCCUGCAGCCCAGAGUGUCACAGGAGAGAAACCAAGUGUGAUGCCACCUCCUGUUGGUGCCCUGCUGCUGGUAGUUGCUCUCAUUGCUGUGGUGUCCCUGGGUUUCUGCCUGUACAAUGGCCAUCACAAGAGGCUCUGCCCCAGAACCAGGAAGGCUGCAGACUCCUGCCCAGAGGAACUGGUUACUGCAGACCAGGAGUGUACAAGCAUUAAUGCAGAUGUGGAAUGAAUCCAAGUAAAACCUUAAAUUCAGAUGGUGUAUGCAUGUCACUUAUAGCUGGACUGGGAUCUCCUGGGCCUCUGAGGUGGAAGGGGACCAGCAGGUUGAAAGCUGCAUUUGACUAUCUAAUACCGCUUUCUAGCUAAACCUUCUUCUUUACCAAUAUUCCCUCACUAGCCUGAGCCAGGGCAAGUCUUGAAUACUUGUUCUGGAAGAGCUUCACUUAGGCUUGAUCCUAGCCCCUGCUGGUAGAAGUAAAUCACCAUUUAGUAAAUGGGGAAUGUCUAGAUUCCAGUACUAACCUCUGGGGGAGUGUGCCCUGCUUGGGCAGCCAUGCCCUGGACACUCCAUGUGCUGGGGGUCAGCAAGAAAACAUCCUAGUGUCCCAUAACUGUUUAAAAUGCUCUAGCACUCUGACUUGCUUUGAAAUGUGAGCAAACUGCUGCACUAUCUUGCUCCUACAGCUAGAUAUCCAGUAAUUCCUGUGGGUCCUAAUAAUGACUUGAGGAGAGCAGGGACUUGAUUCAGUCUGACCUUAAUGAAACAAAGUCAAUUUAGCACUGGAAACAUCCAAGUGCUGGUGUAGUCCUGAUAAACCCUCUUUCAUGUGUCCUUUCCAGAAGAAUAGGAGACAGAGAAUAGUCCAGUUCCUCAAUAUGGGGCAAACCAGCUGAGCCUCCAUAAGGGUUUAAAAGAUCUUCCUUGAUUCUUUUAAUAUGGGGUUUUUCCUUAAAGAAAAAGGCAUUGGUGGGGCCGCCUACUGCUCUAGGGAAAGUAGAAAGCCUCUUGUCAGAGCUAAGGGUAGAGAUGGACUAGAUUUGACAGCAGUGGAGGGGACGACUAGUUUAGAACAGGAGUAGCAGCCAGCAGAUCUAAACACCUGUAACCCCCCACAGAGAGACCUAGAUUCCUGGGGCUCUAUUUGCUGGCAGGUCAGGGAGAAGAACCCUGUCCCUGACUGAGUUUGCCUUAGCUCCCCCUCCAAGUCUGCCCAGCAACCAAUAGGCAGUGAGGCUGUUCCCAGGGCACUCGGGAAAGGGGAGAAGCAAUUUUUGAGUCAGUCUGGAGCCAGCCAGGAUUGGCUAUUUUGGGGAAGUGGUGCAUACCAGGCCUGCAAGCAGGGUUCCCCCUGAGAACUGGCCUCUAAGGACCUGACAGCAAGAUUCCCUCAGCUGGGCUUUUACCUCUCCACUGACUCCCAGUUUGUCAAGGUUGUUUUGUUUUUUGCUGGGGAACUUCCCCAGCCAGGCUGAGUCUAGCAUUCUAGUUCCCUAGGUGAGACUCAGUCACUACAUGAUCCACUCUGCUGUGGCUGCUAGUCCAGGGCUGCUGCCUGCUGUGAGUGUCUUAGUGUGACCAGAUAGCAAGUAUGAAAAAUCAGGAUGA